AUGAUAUCGACCUCGCCAUCACAAGUCGAAAACUUUUACCCCGGUAGCAGGAUCAACAUCGUCGAUAACGAGAAAAGCACAGCCAAAAUAACCACAGCGAUAGCUAGUUCUGCAGAGCACUCGAGUCUCGACGACAAUCAUGACGCGAAACGGCCAUUCCACGACUGGUUCCAUUGGCAUGAGCCAGGGACCUCGAAAGAAGAGAAAGUGCUCAUCUUCAAGAUCGACUGGUCCCUCCUCAGCUUCAGCUGUCUGUCCUUCUUCAUCAAACAACUGGACGGGAACAAUGUUUCGAACGCCUACGUCUCCGGCAUGAAGGGGGACCUGGGGUUCGGGCCGGGAAACGAACUGAGCUGGAUGAACACGUAUUUCAACAUUGGGACUAUCAUUGGCGGACCGUGCUCGAAUAUGAUGCUCACUAUUGUCCGGCCUCGAUACUGGCUACCCGGCUACCCGGGUGCUUGCUGCUAUGGUCCUUCUUCGUGCUCUUCGCAUACAAAGCGAACACGGCAUCGCAGCUGUACGGCCUGCGGUUCAGCGUCGGCCUCUUCGAGUCUGCAGCCUGGCCGGGCAUCCAAUACGUGCUUGGGUGCUGGUACCGGAAGUCGGAAAUGGCGCGGCGAAGUGGCCUCUUCGUCAUCGGCGUGGCGAUGGCUAUUCAACUUCGACUUCCUCCUGGCAGUUCCCGUGGUCAUAUACCGCUUCUUCUUCCUCCCGGACACACCCUACACGACAAAGGCCUUCUACCUGAACGAGUGGGAAAGGGAGCGCGCUCGACAGCGCAUCGAAAAAGAAGGCCGCAGCCCCAAGGGCCGAUUCAGCCUGGCGGUAUUCAAACAUAUCCUGGUCUCGUGGCAGCUAUACGCAUUCGCCAUCGCCUACAGCCUCUGGACGCUAACAUGCGGAAACUACGUGAUGCAGUACUUUGGCAUCUGGCUGAAAUCGGAAGGGAAAUACUCCAUCCCAUAG